AGGCUUUAGGUGGGCGGAUCCGCGCAGGCGCCCGAGGCGCGAGGGAGAGGCGAGCGGCCGGCGCAGUUUCGGGAGGUGAAUAUAACUUACAAAUAAUAUGUCUCCUGAAGUUGCCCUAAACAGAAUUUCUCCAUCACUUUCUCCUUUGAUCUCCAAUGUGGUCAGAAAUGGAAAAGUAGGAUUGGAUGCAACUAACUGUUUAAGGAUUACUGAUCUGAAAUCUGGUUGCACCUCAUUAACUCUUGGACCCAGCUGUGAUCGAUUUAAGUUGCAUAUUCCAUAUGCUGGAGAAACUUUAAAAUGGGAUAUAAUUUUUAAUGCUCACUAUCCUGAGUUGCCACCUGACUUUAUCUUUGGAGAGGAUGCUGAAUUUUUACCUGAUCCUUCUUCCUUACAUAAUUUGGCCUGCUGGAACCCUUCAAAUCCUGAAUGCCUCCUGCUUGUUGUAAAGGAACUUGUACAACAGUAUCACCAGUUUCAAUGCAGCAGAUUACGUGAGAGCUCCCGGCUCAUGUUUGAAUAUCAGACAUUACUUGAAGAACCUCAGUAUGGAGAGAACAUGGAAAUUUAUGCUGGCAAAAAGAACAACUGGACUGGUGAAUUUUCAGCUCGGUUCCUUCUGAAAUUGCCAGUGGACUUCAGCAAUAUCCCUACCUACCUUCUCAAGGAUGCAAAUGAAGACCCUGGAGAAGAUGUUGCUCUUCUUUCAGUCAGUUUUGAAGAUACAGAAGCUACUCAGGUUUUUCCCAAAUUGUACCUCUCUCCUCGAAUUGAACAUGCUCUUGGUGGAUCUUCUGCUCUUCACAUUCCUGCUUUUCCAGGUGGAGGCUGCCUCAUUGAUUAUGUUCCCCAAGUAUGCCAACUAUUAACCAACAAGGUUCAAUAUGUUAUCCAGGGUUACCAUAAGAGAAGGGAAUAUAUUGCAGCAUUUCUUAGUCAUUUUGGAACUGGAGUGGUAGAGUACGAUGCUGAGGGUUUCACAAAACUCACUUUGUUGCUGAUGUGGAAGGAUUUUUGCUUCCUGGUUCACAUUGACUUGCCACUCUACUUUCCUCGGGAUCAGCCAACUUUGACAUUUCAGUCUGUCUAUCAUUUUACUAAUAGUGGAGAACUAUAUUCUCAAGCCCAGAAAAACUAUCCCUAUAGUCCACGAUGGGAUGGCAACGAAAUGGCCAAAAGAGCAAAGGCUUACUUCAAACUAUUUGUCCCUCAGUUCCAGGAGGCAGCCUUUGCAAAUGGAAAACUCUAAAAGAAAAAAAAAGGGGGGGGGGAAACAACCUCAUCCUG